AGUUACUUUUAGUUAUUGAUGCGUAAACAUGUUCGGAAUCGCGUUGGCAAUCGUUCUCUGUCUUUCCCUGUCGGUGCAAGCAAAUUUCCCGGACGAUCCGAAACCCUGUAAAUACGGCGAUGGCGAGUGCAUCAUGCAAUUGGUCAACACAUUGUUCAGCGAGAAGUUUUCGGCGGAGGAUCCUGGCCUGAACCUGGUGCAGCUGGAUCCCCUCAAGGUGGACAGGAUGGUGAUAAGCCAAGGAGUGAGCGACAGUCCUGUGGGCAUAACUCUUACGUUGACCGACAAUUUGCUGUACGGCAUCAAGGAUCAAAGGAUCGUAAAAGUGAAGGGAUUUGGUAAGGAUAUGGCCACGAAGCACGAAUUGAAGAUCGUCGCGAAGCACUUUGCUCUGGUGGGUCCCUAUAGCAUCCAGGGCAAAGUGCUAAUUCUUCCAAUUAGCGGCACCGGCCAAAGUAACUUAACUAUGGAUAACGUCAAGAUAAUCAUUAGCUUCUCGGGCAAUCCGGUGGAGAAGAACGGAGAGACUUUUUUGGAUGUCACCAACUUGAAGAUGACGAUGAAGCCGGAGUCCAGCCACUACCACUUUUCAAAUCUGUUCAAUGGGGACAAGGCGCUGGGCGACAACAUGAACGUCUUUCUGAACGAGAACUCGGAGGCCAUUUACAAGGAGACGGGUCCAGCUAUCGACAAAUCCUUCAGCGAGCUGUAUUUGGGCAUCGUGAAAGCCGUUUUCGCUAAGGUUCCGUAUGCCAAGUUAUUUGCAGAAGAGUAGAUUAUUCUUUUCAGUGUAGUAAUCCGUACUUAAUAAGUGGGAACAACCGCCUUGUUUAUAUUUCGCACUCUAGCUCAGUUUGUUUGUUCACUGACAGAUAUAAGUUUUAACGCUGGCAAUCAUCAUUAGAUUUAACGGGGGUCGUGAGUCCAAUUUUAGUGUUAGAAUAAGUAGGAAAAUAGUAAAGUACUAUAGACAAUGUAAGCGGUAUCUUUUUUUUAAUAGAACAAAAUCGAGUGGCAAUAAAGUUAAAACGUUCUUCAUUGAA